AUGAGCAAAAUGCCUAUGCGCUGCCGGGCCUACGACGACAGCGGCAUUCCUAUAGGGCGUGGGUGUUCCAAGGGACUUUCUUGCAAUUUCGUACAUCCCGACGAUCAACGUUGGGGCGCGGCUAUUCGUAGAUAUCAGAAUGCUCCUUCAGGUCCGCCGCGUUUUGCUCGCGAUAGGAACGAAAAACGGACUUCCAGCUUGUGGGACCCCGAUCCCCAGGAUCCCCCAGCUACCUCCACCAAUGCGACCCCUCUCGCGGAUUCUAGCUCUAGACGGGUUAGUUAUGGCUCGGACAGACAUCAAGGUGCCUCGAACCAGCAGAGUUACAGUUCUGUGAAAAGUCCGGCGUGGGAUAAAGUGGUUACGAGCACUCCACCUGCGCGAGACAAGAAGUCGGACAAUCAGAGCUCUGGGUGGUCGACUGGAUGGAGUUCAAGCGCAUGGGGCGAGCGUAAAUCGAGUUCAGGAUGGGAUACUGGAACUGGGUGGGAUAACGUUGCCACUAACACGUCGACUUGGGGUGGAGGAGGCUGGAAUGUGGAAUCUGGGAGUGCAGAUUCCAGUUUAACUUUCCAGAGCAAGAUGCCGGCGGGAGGGGAAUCCAAUAAUGAAACCGCUGGUAGCCCCUGGCUAUCCGGCAUAGCAGCCAACAAGAAGCCAGAGAGUAGAAAGGGGAAGGAGAGGGCAGCCGAGGACGUCCAUAUGCGCGAGCCUUCCCCGCGGCCUUGGGGGCAGCCCCCGCCUGCGCCAGCUGAACGGCUCAACAAGCCGGACCUCCCGCCAAUACAACCGGAUGCACCCCACCGCCCCCACACACGGUCUCCGACACCCACCUCAUCUUCCUCGUUCUCAAAGCCAGCGAACGCCGUGACCACGUCUUCGAGGCACGACAGGUCCAGAGUCUCAUCACUGGAUCUGAAAAAGUCCGCAGUCGAUGGAGCUUUCAAAGCAUCUCACCCAGGAACUAUGACCCUUCUCGCCGAGUUAAAUGGCAGUUCAAGAGCCUCGACGCCCACCGUUGUACCGUACACAAGGGAUUACCGUGGGUCCAAAGGCAGGGUUGCUCUGCAUAAAGAGAUCGUCCAGAAAAUGCAGAAUGCAGUCAUUCUGCAAGUCCAAAGACAGCGUGCCGAAGAUGGCUUGGAACGAUGGAAGCGGACGCAGAUCUCCGACCCUUACAAGCUAUGCCCGCCGGGUGCACGAAAGACCCUUGACAGUGCAAGAACGAAAUUUACAGAAAAGGAUGCGCGCCUACAGAAGCGACUUCUUCGGUCCAUUCAAGAACUCGCUGAUCUCCCCGACCUUGCAGAGAAGCACCAGCCUUUGAGCAUGAACCUGACAAAGGAGGUCAUUGCUUCGUACACACGUGAACUAGGCGAAUGGUUUAAGGAACUCCAGCUGCAUAAAAGGUUGGUGAUGGAAGAGGCAGAAGAGCGACAGGCACAGCCUGGGGAAGGAGAAGAAAGUCCGGAAGAUGAGCCAGAAGACACACGAGUAACGGGCACAGAACUUUGUGCCCGCGGAAGGUGGUCUUGGAGCGAGCUCAACGAGGCUGUCGCGAGGAUCGAGGAUCAAGUUAGCCUCGUGUCUGAGGAAGUGUACGCAUUUAAGUUCACAAAUGCUGACGAGGCACUUGAUGUCGAAAUGGAGGAGCUCAGGGAGCAACUUACUUCCGAAGAGCAAGCUGUACAGGCGAUCCAAAACUUUGAAGUUGUUGACCGCCUAGUGGCCGGGGCAAGCAUUGUCGGAGACCAGGUAUCUGCACAAGCACUGCGAGCCGCUGAACUUAUUCAAAGAACCAAGCAUCUUGAGGAUCAAAUUGAGAUGGUGGUGGCUGAGACGGCGAAGAUGAACCAGCUAUGUGCGGAGGCAGAGCAACAAUUUAAAGAGUUCGAACACUGGAAAGAGUCAGAUACAGAAAAAAUUCAACAGUUGACAGAAAAGUUGAAAAAGCUUUACCUGCACAAGCGUGUCAAUAGCUCUCCACCAUCACCCAGGUUCUCUCCGGUCACGCUCGAAGUUCUGCUCGAGCACUUCAAACCUGUCCUACUGGUGAGAAUGCAUGAGGACCUCAGCCCAGUCUUUAAGGCCCUACGUGAUCGUUGCUUCGAGAAUCAAGAACGGGCGAAGGCUGAAAUUGACGAAAUGGUCAAGCCCGCUUUGAAGCAGACCGACGAAAUUUGCCAGCGUGUAUUGUCUAUGACCGUCAGUGAAGCCUCAGCCCAAUUGUCCUAG